AUGGAUCGUCUCACUCGCCUCGGUAGCUACCUCCGGCAACGACACGAGAUCGACUCGUGGCUGCUAGAGCGCCGCUCGGAGCUGGCUGCGGCCAUCGCAGUGCACGACGAGGCGCUCGCGGCCACAAAGCUGCUCUGCGAGGCGUGCAUUGCCGCACUCCUGCUCGAGGCAGAGGAGUGCACCUCGAGCGCAGGCGUCCAGCGGUGCGACACGUGGGAGGUCUUUGCGGCGACAGAGACGGUGCCGCCGCCGCUGCUGCGGCCGGGUCCGCCCGAGAGGCUGCUCGGCUUCAUCCGCGGCACGCCGGCGCGGGCGAGGCGACGCGCGAGCGAGCAGGCCAACGCUCGCGUCGACGAGUCCGACGCGAUGGCAGAUUAUCGUGCGGCGGCGGACGGUCGGCGGCGGCGGCUGCUCGAGGAGUUUGCUCCGGUGCUGUCUCGCUCGGACCACUCCGCGGAGCUGGUGCCGGACGGCGUGCACACCUGCGCCUGCGCGGUCGCCGCCCGCCUCAAGGGGUUGCCGGAGGUGCCUCCGGCAGGCCGCGCUGUCGAGCUGCUCAAGGAGGCGAUGCUCUCGCCGCCGGCUGCGCGCGCGCAGCUCGAAUGGCUGCGCUCCUUGCUCGAGGGAGAGGUGCCGCACUCGGCGGCCGUCUGCCUGCAGGAGCUGUCGGACGGGCUGGUGGCGGACCUGCGCGCGCUCUGCGGCGCACCUGGCCGAGGCUGGCACAUGCAUGCCUCCGAGCCGGCUCCGCCGCGGGGCGGCGGCGUCGUCCUCGCCUCGGUGCACUUCCUCCAUGCGGCCGAAAGGGCGGCGGCGGGGGAGGCAGCGCCCUCCAACGCUUCGCACAUCUGCGAGGGCGUCUCGCAGGCGGCGAGGCAGCUGCGCGGCCGGCUGCGGCAAGGGGGCACGCUGCUCCUCGUCGGAGACUUCAACGGGCCCGUCGGAGGCCCGACGCAGCUGUCGCUGUUUGGAGGCGGCGAGCGUGCUGCCGCCGACGGCGCCGUCGCCCUCUCGCUGCGGCGGCGGGCGGUGGCAGCUCGUGCGGCGGCGAGGCACCCCGCGGUGCGGAGGCUGAAGCCGGCCGAGACCGAAGCGCGCGCCCUCGUGCUCAGCGAUUUUGCGACGCUGGCGCCGGCCUCGGCCGCCCCCUUCGGUCCUCCUCCUCCUCCGCCCGCCGGCUCGCCCUGCCCCGCCGUCCUGCUCGUCCUCGCGCGCUUCCGCGAGGACGUGUCUUGGCUCGCGCGGCUUCCUCCGGGCGUCGAGUACCACGUCAUGCAAAAGGGAGGCGCCGUCCAGCGCGAGCUGCCCGCUUGCCGGCAGACGGCGCUGCCCAACGUCGGCCGCGAGGCCCACGCGUACCUCUCCUCCUUCCUCGACGAGCUCUCCCUCCUCGCCGCGCACGUCUCCGCUGGCCGCCGGCCGCCGCGCUGGGUGCCGCUGGGGCUCUGGAGCGGUGGAGAGCGCAUCGUCUACUGCGACGCCAGCGGCGCGCCGCACCAGGCACUCAAAGUAAACCAACUAGCACCCUCGCCGCUGCUGCUCCCGAUUGGGCGCGUGUGGAGGGCGCUGUUUGGAGAGGGGCGGGCCCUACCGACGUGGAUCGGCUUCACUCCUGGCGCAUGCUUCGCGGUCUGCCGCGAGGCGCUGCUCCGCGGGCUCACGCCCUCACGCGUCGAGGCGGCGCUCUCACCCUCCUGCGGGCUCGGGUGCCACGCCGACCCGCUCUCCGGGCACGUGUUUGAGCGGCUGUGGAGAUACCUCUGUGGCUACGGCGAGGAGGAGGAGGAGUUGGGCGAGCACGCCUCCUCGGCGGCGCGCUCCUUCUCCUUUUGCAACUUCCGCAUCGGCGAGGCGAACUGGGUCAACACGGCGCACGGCUGGGGCAGUGCCGCUCGAGGCACGGCGGCGGCGCUGGCGAUGGUGCGUUGCGACGCAGACUUUGUCAGCCGCGUCGCGCUGCUCGACGUAAACGCGGAAGAGCUGCCCGGCUUCUACGAGCGCGAGGCCGGCUACAGCAUCGCGGAUACGCUGUGGGCGCCCGGCGGCGCGAUGGAGCGCCAUUGCGCGGGCAGCGAGUACGUCGCCGCCUGGAUGCGCUCCUCUCUCCGCCCGCUGUGGCCGCCCGCGGGUGCGCACCUGCUGCCUGCGCCGGGCUACCUGCGGCUGUGCGCAGCGGCGCACCGGCGAGCGGGGCUGCUCGACCACUUCCUCGAUAGCACGCUCCUCCACGACGGCGUCACGACACUACGCGCGCAUUGCGAGCGGGACGAGGGCGCGCGCCGCGCCAUCGCGUCGCUAGACGAGGAGGAGGCUGCAGGCAGCGACGAGGAGGCCGCCUCGAUGCACGGCGAUGCGAGAGGGGCGCUGAGUAGGAGUAGUGGGCAUGGAGUCACACUAGAGCCGUAG